AUGGGCUUAUUAAUCUCUAAAAUAUGGAGUUUGUUUGGUAACGAGGAGCAUAAAUUAGUAUUGGUGGGUUUGGAUAAUGCUGGUAAGACUACAAUCUUAUAUCAGCUGUUACUUGGUGAGGCUGUUCACACUCGACCAACAAUUGGUUCCAAUGUAGAAGAAGUAGUUUGGAGGAAUUUGCGUUUUGUGAUGUGGGACCUGGGAGGACAGCAAAGUCUGCGUUCAGCUUGGAACACCUACUACACUAAUAGUGAAUUUGUCAUAAUGGUUAUCGAUUCUACUGAUCGACAAAGAUUGAGCAUAAGCCGAGAAGAAUUACAUUGUAUGCUGACCCACGAGGAGCUCAGUAAAGCCUGCUUACUUGUUUUUGCAAAUAAACAGGAUGUAAAAGGAUCAAUGACAGCGGCAGAGAUAUCUGAACAGUUAGAUUUGACGUCCAUCAAACAGCAUCCUUGGCACAUACAAGCUUGCUGUGCACUCACUGGAGAAGGGUUGCAUCUAGGUUUAGAAUGGAUUGCCAGUAGAAUAAAGAAGAAAUGA